CACGUCGAAUCCAACGUGGCAUCUCUCUCCAUUGUACGCCAGCUCACACUUGACACUCCCCUGCCUUUAUAAACCCACUCCUCUCUCAUCUGUGUCCUCCACUGAGUCCUAAGUGUGUGAGACUGUACUAGUGAGGUUUGAUUAAGAGAGAAAUUGAGAGAGAAAGAGAAAAAAAAUGGUGGGUAUGGGUUGGUUCAUGUGUAUGAUGAUGAUUGUGUGUGUGAUCUCUUGUGGUGCAGCUGUUCCUGCUAAGUUUGAGGAACUUUACCGCUCAAGCUGGGCUAUGGAUCAUUGUGUCAACGACGGAGAAGUCACAAGACUCAAGCUUGACAAUUUCUCUGGCGCUGGGUUUGAAUCGAGAAGCAAAUAUUUGUUUGGUAAAGUCUCUAUCCAGAUUAAGCUCGUCGAGGGUGACUCAGCAGGAACCGUCACUGCUUUCUACAUGUCUUCAGAAGGUUCCAACCACAACGAGUUCGAUUACGAGUUCUUAGGUAACAAAACCGGUGAGCCUUACGUAGUCCAGACGAAUGUCUAUGUGAACGGAGUUGGAAACAGAGAACAAAGACUCAAUCUUUGGUUCGAUCCCACAACUGAGUUUCACACUUACUCAAUCCUCUGGAGUAAACGCAGUGUUGUAUUCAUGGUAGACGAGACACCAAUCCGAGUCCACAAGAAUCUUGAAGAUAAAGGUAUCCCAUUUGCUAAAGAUCAAGCAAUGGGAGUUUACAGUUCGAUUUGGAACGCAGAUGAUUGGGCUACUCAAGGAGGUCUUGUGAAAACCGAUUGGAGCCACGCUCCUUUCGUUGCUUCUUACAAAGGUUUUCAGAUUGAUGCUUGUGAGGUUCCAACAACUAGUGAUCUAAGCAAGUGUAGUGGAGACCAGAGAUUCUGGUGGGAUGAGCCAACUGUGUCUGAGUUAAACCUUCAUCAGAAUCAUCAGCUUAUUUGGGUUCGAGCUAAUCAUAUGAUUUAUGAUUAUUGCUUUGAUGCUACUAGGUUUCCUGUUACUCCUCUUGAGUGCCAACAUCAUCGUCAUUUGUAGUUUAUAAGUCAAAACUUUCUGUUUAACUUAGUUGUGAUCAAGAGAACAUGUGUCUCUCUUUUGAUGAUUCUGUUUAUGUAUAAAUAAUCAAUUAUCUAUUGAUUUUUGUUGAAUUUUAA